AUGCGCCAGAGGCCCAGCGCCCAUGCCCAGAGAGCUCUAGAACGAGAGAAUCUCGCGUGAAUCCACGUGAAUAUCUUGGUUCGAAUGCGGGCUGGAAACCCCGUAUUUUCCUCUCCCUUUUGCUGUCGGCAAGCAAGAUGCCUGGUGUCACAGUGAAAGACGUCAACCAGCAGGAGUUUGUCCUUGCCCUGGCGGCAUUUCUCAAGAAGUCAGGGAAGCUAAAGGUGCCAGAUUGGGUGGACACAGUGAAGCUGGCCAAGCACAAGGAGCUGGCCCCCUGUGACGAAAACUGGUUCUACACAAGAGCGGCCUCCACGGUGCGUCACCUGUACCUGCGCGGGGGCGUGGGAGUGGGCUCCAUGACCAAGAUCUACGGCGGUCGUCAGAGGAACGGCGUCUGCCCCGCCCACUUCAGCCGGGGAUCCAAGAACGUGGCGCGCAAGGUCCUGCAGGCCCUGGAAGGGCUCAAGAUGGUGGAGAAGGACCCCAACGGCGGUCGCAGGCUGACUCCCCAGGGCCACAGGGACCUGGAUCGGAUCGCUGGCCAGGUUGCAGCUGCGAACAAGAAGCCUUGAAUUGUGUAUUAAAAUAAAAAAUGUUUUGGAGAAAAGGUGA